CAGUUCAGAGGUUGACGUGGACCGGAAGUUGUUGGCUGCUUCUGUCCACUGCAGCUGCAGAAAGCGCAAGCAGCCUUUAGCAUGCUAACUCGUGCUUUUUAACGCGUUUUCGCCGCUUGUCAUCGUGAAGGAAGACGACGAAAAUGAUGGAAAUGUGCGGUAAAGAGCGCAGCCACGUCCGGGGAGAUGAGUGUGAACGGCGUCGCCUCUGAAGGAGAGGAUAAGCUGACGCAAAGAAACCCGGAAGUGUUGUUGGAGGUAAUGAGCUUGCUACUGUAGCGUGUUUGUUUUGCAGAGAAAUCAAAGUCAGAUGUUAAAUUGGUCACAAGUUUAAGAAGUUGUUUUAAAAUAACGCUUAUCAGAAUGAUAUCCAGUCAUCCUCGACUCUGUAAUUUGAACGAACUAUUAACGCUAACUUAAUUAUGUCGUUAGCUACCGGCUAUCUUACCUGUUAACGUCCACACGCCUCCCAACAUGUCCUGUGAACAUCAAACACAGAUUUGUUUCUGUUUCCACAGCUGCCAGCAGCCACAGACACGAUGAGUAACAAAUAUGGCCUGGUGGGCUACAACAGUUCACGGAAGCACAUCUCAAUCUCAAUCCCCUCGUCCACCGAGGUCAUGUCACCCCACAUCAAGUCUGUGGAGGAGCUGAGGGUCCUGGGAAUCAACCUGAGCAGCUUCAGUCCUCCCACGCAGUUCCUCAUCUGUGUGGCUGGAGUCUUCCUCUUUUACCUCGUCUAUGGAUACCUUCAGGUAACAGAAAGACUCACACAAACACAUACACUAUGUUACUUUGACUGUUUUGCCUGUUUGUCUGUUUAUAUUUUGAGACAAAUGCUGCUACAAAGUUAUUCAAUCAUCUGCUUUGUGAUUCUUUAUUUCUCUUUCCACUCAGGAGUUGAUCUUUUCAGUGGAAGGCUUCAAGCCUUUUGGUUGGUACCUCACUUUGGUCCAGUUUGGUUUUUACUCCACAUUUGGUCUAGUGGAGCUUCAGCUCACACAGGACAAACGCAGAAGGUGGGUAACUCCUUCUCUUUUGUUAGGACUGAAUCACUUAAAGGGAUAUUUCAGCGUAAAAUUAAUUCAGGGUGAAGUACACCAUAAUGGUAUUAAAGCAUGUCUGUGUCAGUCUGAACUAAUUUUUUAAUUUCUUCAUAUUUACUUCUUCAUCAGAUCUUUAGUGAUAUUUUCAUAUGUCCUCUUUUGGUCUAUAGACUUUGAACACAUUCAUAUUUUAUCUUAGAGUUGUAGCUGACAUUACUCUCUCUUUUUUUUCAAUAAUGAGCUCAGACCGCUUGCUUUUCUAGUUAUACCAACUUUAGUAACGACUGCAUGAUAACAAUACACAGCAGUCUGAGGAGCCAUAAACAAACCUCAACCAAAACGCCACUCUAUAUCCACAAAUAAUACUCAGAACAGCAACUUACUUCAUCAACAGUACAUAUUGGGUCCCAGCCAUAGCACUAGCCACCAAAAAUCUUUUUAGCUUUGCCUGAUUUCUUUAGCAAAGAGCCUAAACACAACUCACCUACUCUCUUCCAGCAGCCAAUUGUUUGAAGCGAGACCACAGGCCUGUCCAUUACAUACUACAGUGGGGUGACGCAGCUCAAGGAAGAACAUUUAUGAUCAUUACUUUAUCAUUUCCUUAAAGUAAUUAUCAUUAUAUUUAUUAUUUUGCACUGCAGACGCGGUAGUUCGUCUUCUUUAGCAUCUCGGUCUGAUUGCAUUGCCAUGAAGAAAUGAUCAUAAAUGUUCUUCCUUGAGCUGUGUCACCCCGCAGCAGUCAAUGAUGGACUAGUCCAAGGUCUCACUUACAAACAAGCGGCUGCUGGAAGAGAGUACGUGAAUUGAGUAUAGUCUCUCUGCUAAAGAAAUCAGGCAAAGUUAAAAAGAUGUUUGGUGGCUAGUGCUGUGGCUAGGACCCUAUAUGUACUGUUGAUGAAGUUAGGUGCUGUUCUGAGCAAUAUUUUUGGCUAUAGAGUAGCUUUUUGGUUAAGCAUGUGGCUAUUAGUAUUGCUAUUCGCAGUGGUUACUUAAGUUGGUAUAACUCGAGAAGAAAGCGGUCUUCUUAAAUAUUGGAGCGAUUAAACAUGUUAAUCUGUUUCUCGACAUCUUUCCUGUCCGACAGGAUACCAGGGAAGACCUACAUGAUCAUCGCCUUUUUAACAGUGGGCACCAUGGGCCUGUCUAAUACCUCAUUGGGCUACUUGAACUACCCGACGCAAGUCAUCUUCAAGUGCUGUAAACUAAUCCCAGUCAUGAUAGGAGGAGUGUUUAUACAAGGUAAGCUGAUUUUUAUCCCCAUGUAUGUUUGGCUAAAAUGUGCUGCUCUCAAGUUGUGAAUUUUGCAUCUAUCGCUUUUGUUUUCUUUCUGUGUCAGAAUCGAUUCAGAGUUUCCUCAAGAACAGAGAGUACCUCAGUGAGAAAAUGUUCUGAUACAGUUCAAAUAAAAUUAAGAGUUCAGAUAUGUUGUAAAAUGUUAAUAGAAUGGAAUUUAAUAGAUUGAAAAGUCUCUAUUAAGGUGAAAAACUUGGAAAAGUAGUUAAAAAUACUGCAUUUAUAGCCAUGGUAAGGCUGGUUUGCACCUCUGAGAAAGCACCAUUAAUGCUGAUUGAUGCAGAGGUGUCUGAGUAACAUGCAUCGACGUCCAGAUGCUGCGUUUUCCCACAGAUCUUGAGUAACACAGAAGAUGCAAAACUACAUUUUGCACACAGUACAACAGCAUGACUGUCCUCUGCUGUAGAAGAGUCUGGGUUCUUAACUGAUCUGCCUGUGGUCCUGAUUUGUCAUCCAUUAAAAUACAUUUGACGUAUCACGACACAAAAACACAAAAAAGGGGACCCCGAUUUACACACUUGAGUCUGACCUCCAGGUCAUAAUGGCGUCCUCUUUGGUCCACGGCAAAAAGCACGUUGUUGUUAUAUUUAUGUUUGGUUACAUUUUUAUCUUGCAGACCCAAACAGCUGAUCAGGUCACUGCAGGUGGAAGAACAGGGAUGUGGGCUUCCUGAUGAAAACGUACACUGAAUAAAUGUGUGCGACUAAUGUUUGUGUUAGGGUUUCUGAAAAUGUGUUAAAUUAGCAAAAAUAGAUGGCGGAGCCGAUCCUGUCUGUAGGAGUUGGUAGCUUCACUUUCGUGCCAGUUUUCCAGCUGGUUUUUCAACAAAUAGGAAGGACAGACCAACAUCUCCAACCACUGACAAGCUCCUUAUACAACCCCACCUCAAAGAAACCCGAACUAUCCCUUUAACAUGUUUGUGUCUUGGUAAGAUCCUGCACUUGUUUGAUUGAGUAUAUGUCAGUUUCCACUCAUAAGUAGUUAAUAGUACCUUUGUAAUCCUCUGACCAGUUACACUCAAUGCCAAUACUUUCACAUUUUCUUUCCUUUGAAGCCAUGACCACUUUUCAGUGCCUCCUUAUCUACGCCUGUUGUUUUCAGCUGUCAGAUCACACUCUGCUAUACUCGUCUCUCCCUGCUUGGUUUCGUCUGUCCUUUCAUCCUUACGCCAGCCUUUUCAAGGUUCUGUGUCCUCAGCGUCAGACAGGUUUUUUUUUCUUUUCAGCGUUUUGCCUUCUACAUCCCUCUCCCCUUCUGGAAAGGUAGAUGUGAGGACCACGGUCCCUGAAGGGGUCAUGUGGAAAACAGAACUUAUUCACUUAGAAUGCAAAGAGGGAAGAAAGUGAGAGAGUGGGACGGACAGAUGAAGGGAGGGGUGUGGGGUUGCAUCUGAUUUGAGACCCUUCAAAGGCGAGUCAGGGAAUCAAAGCCGACCACAGCCAACCUGAUGCUCCGUCCCCCUGUCAUCCUCUAGGCAUCUAUCCGUCAGCCUGCUUUUGGAAGACUCCUUCAUCCUGUUGUUUUCCUCCAAACUUUUGUUUUUUGCAAACCUUUUUUUCCCAGUGCUUUGUUGCAUGUGCAACCUCCAAAAACUUCUGAUUUUCAAGAAAAUCUAUAGAAAAAACUUCAAGUAAAUUUUAACCUGUGUCAAAGGUCGUCAUUUUCAUUAAGAAAGAGAAGGAAAUCUUUUGAAGAUUCCUUUGCAAGUCGUGCUGAGGGUUUUCUAACUUGGUACGGCCCAGUCUCAGUUUAUCUGUGUGUACGAGGUUUUUGUAGGUUUGAGCUGUCCCACCCUUUCCAUUUGGCACUUCAUGCUGCUGUAACCCUCAAAAACUAUUUCUGCACUUUGCUUUGUGAACUUUAGUAAAAUGUGAUUUUUUUAAGUUGUUAGAUUUGUGAUCAGCGUGUUCACUUCUCAUGAUUUCUGUUUCAGGUAAACGCUAUAAUCUGGCUGAUGUGUCUGCUGCUCUCUGCAUGAGUCUGGGACUCAUCUGGUUUACGCUUGCUGACAGCAAAGUGGCUCCAAACUUCAACGUCACAGGUAACCUUUAAAAGCAGACUCGAGUGCUUUCAUAGGAAAUCUUUGAUGGGUAAAAGUGACUUAUAGGACACAGUUUUGAGGCAUUGUAUAUGUAUAAGCCUUUUGGUGUAAUAACUUGCUUAUUUUCUCAUGUCUUUGUUUUGCAGGUGUUCUCCUCAUCUCCCUGGCGCUGUGCGCAGAUGCGGCUAUAGGAAACGUGCAGGAGAAAGCCAUGAAACUCCAUAACGGCUCCAACUCUGAAAUGGUAUCCCAGUAUAUGAGGGGAUCAUGAAGUAUUUACAGCUUAAAUGUAUUCAUUAGUAAUAACCCAUCAGGGUGUGAUGUCACUGACUGGGCUUUUCUUGACAGGUGCUGUACUCCUACUCCAUUGGUUUUGUCUAUAUACUGACAGGCCUGCUCUGUGCGGGAGGGUUGGGGCCCGCUGUGGCCUUCUGCUCAGAGGUGAGUGAAACUUAGGAUGAAUCUGGAUGAAUUUCUUUAGCCAGUCAUUUUAUCCUUUAGGAUGGUGGAACUGUGUAAACCAAAUACAAUGGAUACUUUGGUGCUAGAUUUCUGGAGCUAUGGGCCUUAAACAACCAUCCUAAACAAGGACCUUGUACACAUGUUUAACAUCACUCAGGCUCCCAAAAUAUGUUGUGCUUUGUUAUUAACCUACAUGGACUCUCCUUCAGGUCAACAAGAUGUGAGCAGAAUGUUUGGAAACAUGGACAGCUGUAUAUACCUGAACAGUCUCAGACCAGUCUUUGUUACACUUGAUGAAGCUGUAUCCCAGAUCUGUAACCAGUAAAGCUUGUCAAAAUGACCAUUCCUGUGUACCUUCCAUUCUUUAAAGUGUGAACCUUGGGCUAGGCAUACUUAUACUGGUGUUAUCACAGGGGCUGUUCAUUUACAUGUGUGUACCAUAUUUUUAGUACAAAUUUAAAAAAGGUAACAAGUCUCCAAUAUCAACAUCUGAGGAUCAAUGAAUCUGUGUUCUGUGUUGAUGUAUAUCUUGUUAAAGAGACGACCUGCUGCUUUUAUGUUCAGGCUGUUUAUAUGUGUAAAUGAUUAGAUGGUGUUAAUCUGUGCUUUUACAGUAUAUUCUUAGAAGUUGUUUUCAUGCAUCAUUGUUUUCAUCCAACUUAACAGCAGAUUUUGUUCUUCGCUUUCUUCCAGCAUCCAGUGAAGACCUACGGUUAUGCUUUCUUCUUCUCUCUUACGGGUUAUUUCGGCAUCUCCUUCGUGCUGGCCUUGAUCAAGCUCUUUGGUGCCCUGGUUGCAGUUACAGGUCAGAGCCACAGUUUGUCUUUGUUCUUUUGUAGUUUUGACAGAAUAAUUGCCUUUUUUUAAAUGUGUUUUCUGAUCAGUUAAAUAUUACCUGACUGUAGUACAUAAUUGUCUGAUUAGUCGUUUUAUUUAGUCGCAGCUUUUAUUGAAAAUUCAUCCACAUUUCUUUCUCGUCUUUGCAGUAACCACUGGGAGAAAGGCCAUGACUAUCGUACUUUCCUUCAUGUUCUUUGCAAAACCUUUCACUUUUCAGUAAGUGCUGUCCCCUUUUGACUUUGAUCACUUUUCCUGGAGUUUAAAAUCGAACCGGACUGCACUGAUCUCUCUUUGUUUAACAAAGAAAACUCGAUUUGGCUCCCUUGGCCCCUGUUUUUAUGUCCUCAGUCCAUUUCAAGACCUUGACUUCUCCACUGCUCUCCCCCAGUCCUCCACACUUACUCACUCUCCGAUGACUCUGCUGUCAAAGGGGUCUUGUUUUCUGCUGAACACACGCACACACACACACACGAGGAAAAAAAAUACUUUUAGUAUCCUCAUAGCCAACUUAUUCUCCCUCCAGCUGGUGCCAUCCACCAUUUCAGCAGCUCUUCUGGCUCCAAUUUAAGUUUUAGGUUGAUAUCCCUCUCCUCCUCAUAUUUGUCCUUGUCCAGUUUAUCACUAAAAGUAACUAAAGCAGAUAUAUAUUUGGUGAAACAAGCUGUUUAUAAAGCUCAAUCUGCAUAUUUUAACACAGGGUCUCUACACAGUUUGAAUUUCCAUACUUUUCCAGACCUUACUUUCUAAAAACAAUUUAUGUAAAUACCUAUUUUUUUUACGAUGGUAAUAAUUUGGAAACCUAAAUAUUUUUCCAUACUUUAUUUUUCAUUCACCAUACUUUUUAAGACCUGGAAAUUGAUCAAAUUACUUCCAUACAUUUCCAUACCUGGGUAAGAACCUUGUUAACAAUCGUACUUUUGGGUUUAAAACACAAAGAAUCUCAAAAGUGAGCUUGUCUGUUGUGGCCUACAUGGAAGAAGUGGUUUUGUUAAGUUAUUUUGUGUUGUUGUUUUGCAGUAGUUUGUCUAUUUUGAGUGUCUUUUGUUUUAUGUAACAAUCAUAAUUUCUUUCUUACUUUUUCUUCACACUUAUAGGGGUUUAUUUGCACGUAGUCAUCCACUUUACUGACAUUACAGGCACAUGUUUUGAAUGCUGCCUGUAGAAGCAUGGCGAAUUUGAUCAAACCUUUCUCGCCUAUUUGAUUUUCUAUAAAUGAAUUACCACAACUGUUUGCACAAUCUUUAUUUUUGAACCCCUUUUAAAAUAUCUCAACUUUAAAUCUCUCUCCUCAGGUACAUCUGGGGCGGCCUUCUGGUGCUCUUCGGCAUCUUCUUAAAUGUUUACAGUAAAAACCGAGACAAAAUGAAGCUCCCCUCUAUCAAGGACCUCAGGAGCCUGCUGCUGACGGGAAAGAAAGUCCGGUUUCUUUCACAGAACGUGUAAAAGCGGGCAACCACAGGCAUAGCUGAAGACCUGAGCUGGCAGAUUGUACAUCUGUUCAGCUGUAGCGUUAGGCCCAGCUGUCCCGGAGGAUAAGCAGGAGCCUGUGCCUGAGCUACGAGCCUGAACACCAACAACAAGUGAAGGAUGGCUGAACAGGGUUGAAACACCAAUCAGCCUCAAAAACAGCGACAGUGACAGGUGUUUUAUCCAGUUUCCAGUACACGACGGGUGUACAGCUCGACUGAAAAUACUCUAAUUCUGCUCCAAACUGAAGGACGUGUAACUCUGAUUGACUCAGUGGGCUCUCUGAGAGCAGAGCCGCAGAACGCUAAGAAACAUUCCCAACUUUGAGGAUGACACUGAGGACCUUUAAGACUCUCUAAAGGGAAGCCAGCGCCUUAGCUAACCAAAUCGCACAGUUUUGCACUGGAAGUGACACUUAAACCCCUUGGUCGGUUGGGGAGAAAAAGAAAAUCUAAACAGUUUGAAGAAAAGAGCACAGAGUGACAUUUUAACUAAUGAAUGUCCGUCCCCUACCCAAAUAUGAAUCAAAAUGAGUGAGGGGUGUAUCUACCCCAGCAUGUGCCAGUAAGACGGAACAAAACUCUGACGUAAUCAUUGUCUUCAUGAAAGUUUCAUCAUUUAUUGGUUAUUUUUAUUGACUGUGCCCUAAUUUAUGGAAACAGGGAUACGUGUGAUUACUUUGGGGAAUUCAAAGAUAUUGACAUCAGUCCAUUAACGGGUCAACUGCCAUAAUUAGCUAACCAUGUGUUUGGGUGGAUGGGUACCAUUCUUUUUACAUUAAAACAAACCAAGACGUUUUCUCUCUUUAA